GGCGCGGUCUUUGACGUAUUUCCGGUAUCUCCGGCGGUCCGAUGGAGUCCCGGCCCCCGCCGGCAAAGCGGUUGAGGACGUCGUCGGUGGGGGGCGGCUACAGGAGGAACUAUGUGUUCGCUCACAAUAUGGAGCAGCAGCGUAUGGAUUUGCCUAUUUACCGGGCCCGGGCCAAGCUCAUCGGCCAGCUCCGUCGUUUGGAUACCGCCAUCAUUAUAGGGGAAACAGGUUCUGGGAAGACGACACAGAUACCUCAGUAUCUUUAUGAAGCUAGCAUCGGAGGGCAUGGUGUCAUUGCCAUUACGCAGCCUAGGCGAGUGGCAGCAAUUUCACUUGCAGCAAGAGUCUCGGAGGAAAAGAAAACGGAAUUGGGCACAUUGAUUGGAUACACUGUGCGUUUUGAAGAUCUUACAUCAUACAAGAGUAAAAUCAAGUUUUUAACGGAUGGAAUGUUGCUCCGAGAGGCUAUGCUGGAUCCUCUGUUGCGCCAUUACAGUAUUGUGAUUCUCGAUGAGGCCCAUGAAAGGACUAUACAAACAGAUGUUCUUUUUGGCAUUGUAAAAAGUGCCCAGAAGAAGAGGAAGGAACUCAGUAAAAUGCCAUUGAAGGUAAUUAUCAUGUCUGCCACAAUGGAUGUAGAUCUCUUCUCACAGUACUUCAACCAAGCACCAGUUUUGUAUCUUGAAGGGAGACAACAUUCCAUUCAGAUCUUUUACACAAAGGAAACUCAGACUGACUACCUCCAUGCUUCGCUGGUGUCAAUUUUUCAGAUCCACCAGGAAGCACAACCCUCUGACAAUGUCCUAGUAUUUCUGACUGGUCAAGAGGAGAUUGAGGCAAUGAGCAGGACAUGCAAGCAAAUUUCAAAGAACCUUCCACAGGGCUCUUGCCAGAUGUCAGUAUUUCCUCUCUAUGCAUCGCUCCCUCACUUGCAGCAGCUUCGAGUUUUUCAACCAGGAAAGAAGGACUGUCGCAAAGUGAUUCUUUCAACAAACAUUGCAGAAACGUCUGUCACAAUUCCAGGCAUCAAGUAUGUUGUGGAUACAGGAAUGGUUAAAGCUAAGCAUUACACUCCUGAGAGUGGAUUGGAGGUUCUUGCUGUGCAGCAAGUAUCAAAAGCCCAGGCAUGGCAACGAGCAGGGCGUGCUGGAAGGCAACACGCGGGAAUCUGCUACCGCCUUUACACAGAGGAAGAAUUUGAAAAAUUCAUCAACAUGACCAUCCCAGAGAUACAAAGAUGUAACCUGUCAAGUGUAAUGCUACAGCUCCUAGCACUCGGCAUUCCCAACAUUCUCACGUUUGAUUUCAUCUCCAAACCAUCUCCAGAUGCUGUGCGGGCAGCCAUUGAGCAACUGGAACAGCUGGGAGCUGUAGAACACAAAGACAACCAGAUCAGCCUGACACCUUUGGGGAAGAAAAUGGCAGCAUUUCCUCUGGAACCCAGAUUUUCCAAGACUCUCUUGGUGUCCCCAGAAUUCCACUGUACUGAAGAAAUCCUGACUAUUGUUUCGUUGCUGUCUGUGGAAAGUGUCUUGUACAACCCCCGAGCACAGCAGGAUGAAGUACUUUCUGCCAGGCGGAAGUUCAUCUCCAGCGAGGGUGAUCACAUGACCCUGCUGAAUAUAUAUCGUGCCUUUAAAAAUGUUCAAGGGCAAAAGGAAUGGUGUAGGGAGAACUUUGUGAAUAGCCGAAACAUGAUGAUGGUGGCAGAGGUUAGACACCAACUGCGGGACAUCUGCGUGAAGUUCGGAGUUCGCUUGGAGUCUUCCCGUUCGGACACAUGCAAUAUCCGGCGGUGUUUGGCUCAUAGCUUGUUUCUGAAUGCAGCAGAGCUUCAACUGGAUGGGACUUACUUAACCCUUGAUUCUCGGCAUCAAGUGGCUAUCCAUCCUUCUUCUGUCCUCUUCCACUUCAAACCUUCGUAUGUCCUGUACAAUGAGCUGCUGCACACCUCCAAGUGUUACAUGCGAGAUCUGUGUGUGGUGGAUCCCGAGUGGCUGUAUGAGGCAGCUCCGGAAUACUUCAGGAGAAAGCUGAAAGGAGCAAAAACCUAAUGGAUCUUGCUUCCAAAUGCAGUUGCAAUGAGAUUUCUGGAGGACUGAUAUCCACCAGUUUUGCUGAACAACCAGCCUGUUUUUUAAUCAAUUUUAUACAUUUUGCAGAGUGAACCAAUACAGCUUGCUGCAUUGAGCUUUUCUAAUGCAGCUUUCCAUGACAGCAAAACAAAACUGAAAUUAUAUCAGAAAGAAUGUGUGUUUUGUCCUGCCAUCUAUGGUGCCUGCAGUUGUUUGCUCCUUGGUGGAGAUGUGGACACCAGAACCACUUUAACAACAGCUGGAAAGGAUGUAAACAGCUGUAAAUUUUCAUCAUCUUUUUCCUUGAAUUGUUUUGUCUCAGGGAAGUGUGUGUGUGUGCUGGGGAAUGUGUGUGCCUCAGUGUGUGUAUGUGUGUGUGUGUGUGUGUGUGUAUAUGUAUGUGUGUGUGCCUCUUAUUGUCUGUGUGCAUGUGCUUGUGUUUAUGUGUGUGGGGGGUGUGUCUGUGCAUGUGUGUGUGGGUAUCUCUGAGUGUGCGUGUGUAUAUGUGUGUGGGGGGGGUGUGCGUCUCUGUGAGUGCAUGUGUGUGAGUGUGUGUGGGUGGGUGCGUGUGUGUGUAUCUCUGAGUGUAUAUGUGUGUGUUGCAUGGUCAUUCCUGUGUGUCUGAGACUUUCAUGCUGAACCCAGUGGCCUACAGGAGGAAAAUAAAAUGCUCACUUCUUGAACUUGUUUACUCUUUGAUUCUUUAUCAUGAUUUAUUAUUGUGUUUUCAUCUAUUUCUUUAAUUCUGGGGUCAGACUGGAGCAGUUUUACUGCCGUGGGAUUAGGGAAAAGAAGCAGAAUUUCGAUGCAAGAGGAUUGAGUGUGACUGAGAGCAGGCUGUCCCAGUGAGGUGCUGGGAGGUACACACUGGGCAGUGUGCUGGGCAGAUUUCCUUCUGUAAAGGAACCUGUGAACCUAGUGGGUCCUGAUGGUAGCUUUGUUGGAUUUUCCCUAAUCCCUAAUCUCAUUUGAGUUGAAAUGGGAUUUGAAUUUGUGGUUCUGGGUUGAAGGCCCAAGAUUCUGAAUUGUCCACCUUGAAUCUAGCAAUCUCUUCAACUCAGAAACUAAUCUUUCAAUUAAUUGUUAAUGAAAUAGUUUGAGAAUGUGAACAAUUAAAUACAAUGCACAAAAAGGCAAUGAGUCUUCUGGCAGAAUGCUCUGCACACUCUGCCCUGUAAACCCUGAUGACCACCUUCCUGCCCAGUCAGCUGCUGGAUAUCUUAAAUGAGAAACUGGUAUUUGAGGGUCAGGUGGCAUCUGUUGAGAGAGAUGUUUCAUGGGUUCAUUCACCAUGCUAUGAUGAAGUUGCAAAGAUGCAGGUAGGCAGAAUACAAGGGGAGGGAAAACAAAAUCGUAGAUUCACUACCCUUUGGCUAAAGAAAUGCCUGCUCCUUACUGUUCUGCCGCUCCACCUCAAACUUGGUCAUGAAGCCAUCAUCCAAACCACUGGCGGGCGUAUAGCUUAAAGCAGUCGCUGGGAAGCGCCUCCAGCCGUCAGCGCCCUUUAUCCCCACUCUGCAUUCUUGGGGCUUUUUUUGUUGUUUUCCUGUUGGUGCAUUAUUUAUAUUCAAGUUAGUGUCGAACGUCUGUACACGCAGUUUAUAUUUAGUUUGGGUCAUAACUUGUUGAUGUAAUAACAGACCACUUACUGCUUCAUAAGAUCCCAUUUUACUCGUGAGCUGCGGUAAACAAGGUUAUUCACCUCGUUAGCAAAUGCAACAAACACAUUUAAUUGGCAGGGUCGUUCUGUGCAGGCAGAUAUUCAUCGAUAAUUAAAACAAAGGCCGGAAACACUCAGCAGUUUAGGCAAUGUCAAUGGAGGGAGACACAGUUACCCUUGGUCACAAUACUAUUUUGUAAUAAAUCACAGAAGCCGCUCUCAACAUUGCGUCCCUGUCAGUGACCAACUGCUCCGGGUCUCGCUGGUGAACUGGGCUUUAAUUCCUUAUCUGAGUGUCCACAGUGGGAAUUCUACCAAAGGAGACUCUUCCCUUGUGCUCAUCUUGAAUAGCGCACGCAGCAGUGGAGACGUGUGGGAAGGGUGAGCGAACGUGGAUGAUCCCGACAUUAUAUGUGGAGGCAGAAAACAAGAAUCAACUCAGCUCAGGUUGGGACAGCCAAUCCUCAUUCUGAGGUUGAGCCGGGGGUGCGACGGAAUCAGUGAACGGAUGCGAAUAUUCACGGACCGAACUUCACGUUAAAAAUUGUUGGUAAGAUUCGAAAGGACGAUAGUGGUUACCCUGGAGAGGGGAGGGAUGAAGCUAGGGGCUGGCUGUUCUGGACGGAGAAUGACGGCCCCGA